AUGAAUCCGACAAAUCCCAACUCGCUUCCAAUCGGGAUCCUGUCUCCGCAAGAAAUCCUCGUGUUGUUGGAACAACAACUACAGUAAGUUUCAUUGCAUCAUUAGUGUGAACCUAUUUUACUUUUUUUCAGACCUGAUUUCUUACAAGCUUGGAUUCAGACUCAGAUGAUGCUACCUACCACAUACCCUCACUUGACUCUUCCUGCUUCGCUUGAAACAAUCAACACAUCGGAAAACGUGAGCAACAGUGAAGGGCGAGACUCGGGCAAUGGUACCCUGACUCCUCACGAAUCGAAUCCUUCUCGGUGAGUGUUCAUCAGUUUUGCACAGAAAACUAUAGUGAACUUACAGGCCAACCAGUGCCGCAGCGCUUCUGCAAACUCUUGCCACAUCAGUAGUUCCACCCUAUGCCUUGAUAAACGAGAUUCCAAGCCACGAAUCUCCGUCUGAUUUCUUGGAGUCCGGCUCGCCUGUACAUGAAUGUAUUGUUUGUGGACUGCCAUCGAAAGGUUUCAACUACGGAGUUCGCAGCUGUGAUGGAUGCAAGUCUUUCUUUUCACGGUGUCUGGAGAAACCGGUCAAUAAAGAGUGCAUGCGAGGAGUCGAGUGCAUUGUAAGUGACGCAAUGCGUGAGCUCAUACAUUUAUAACACAAAAUGUUUUUAGAUCUACGAAAAAAACUCCACGGCCACGAGAUUCCAAAAAAGAUGCCAAGCCUGUCGUUACAGAAGAUGUAUCGAUAUGGGAAUGAGAAGGGAACGAACUAAAAACAAAGUGACCGGAAAAAUGGUCACCAUCGUAGCGCGAGAACAGGAACGCACGUAUGUUUUAAUCUGAUGUCGUCCUAGUUCAUUAUCUUGCUUACAGAAGUGUUCCCCCAACCAUGCUGACGCAGGGCCAGAUAUCUCAGAUGACUCAGAAGUCACUUGACCCUUUUGUUAAAAUGGCGUCUUCCAAUGGAAGUGAAUUGAGUGAUUCUGAAACUGACACACUGGAUCCCCGUGAACCGAAUUCUUCUCGGUUAGUGUUCCCUUGUUUUUUACAUACAACUAUAACCCAUUCACAGCCUGACGAGCGCAGAACUGCUCCCGCACACCAGUGACCUUUCGAUGACAUCCGUCACUUCUCUAUCUACAUUGGUCGACGCGAGUGCAAGAGGCGCACUGAUAUCUCCGAGUUUUCCGAAGAACAAUCUGCUCGGCACAAAUUGCGUUGUAUGUAACGAACCAGAAUCUCGUGCUCACUGGGGGGCACGGACGUGUAGUGCUUGCGGAUCCUUCUUCCGGCGUUGCGUUGAAAACAAUUUCAAUAAAGUGCUUACGAAAAAACAUAAAUGCGGCGUAAGUGUAAUCCGUAAUUUUAUCACUAAUCAACACCAGAUAUUUUCAGGUCUUCAACGGAAUUAUGUCGGGGUACAAGAAUCCCCUAAGAGAGUGCGAGCCGUGUCGAUUCCAAAAAUGUCUGGACGUCGGAAUGCGAGAUGGACGCGUCUUGAAACCGAAACCUGCGUCUGGAAUCACUGAAAUCGUUCCUGAUCAGUGA